AUGCACGACCUGCGCCGCCAAGCCCUCGAAAGCGGCAAGACCAUCUCGCGCAAAGCGCAGUCGCGAGAGGCUUCCCGCUCCAACUCCAGAGCUGGCUCGGCCCAAACCUCGCGCCACACCUCACGCCAGUCAUCGCGCGCUGCGAGCAGGCAUCCUUCCGAUGAUGAGGACAAUGGAAACCUAAGCGACGAUACUGCCACUUGGAGUACCAGUUCACUAGAUGACUUGGGUGAAAACCCCGAGUCGGACAAUGUCGAGUGGCCUGAGGAGUUGGCAGAUUGCAUCCAGGAUAUCCUGGAUCGGAAGCGAAGCAGCGUUCAAGGGAGAGAAGAAUCCCUGGCUGUGUUCUGCCGGCUCUCGAAAUUUCAUUAUGUCGAGGAAGAAAUCAGAAGUCAUAUUCAGGAUCUUCUGGCUGCGUUUUCCCGCAGCAUCAAAUACGAAUCGAGUGUGCGCGAAUCAAUUCUGGCCCUGAAGGCGCUUGAGUUCCUAGCUGUGACUGCUUACGAUGACACGAUUUAUGACUCAGUGGAGCCUUUGCUGACUCGCACGAUUCGCGACUCGGCGUCGACUCUGAUCAAGGUAGCUGCGAUCUACUGUCUGGGCACCUGCACUUAUUUUGGCGGAACGAGCGACGACGCGAAGAUGGAUCAGAUGAAUCUCUUCCUAGACAUUGUCGCAUCAGACGGCCAGUCUGUCGACGCAUCCGAUGAUGCCGGCGUCGUCACCGCUGCGCUGCAGCAAUGGGGGUUUUUGGCCACGGAUAUCGAAGAUCUAGAAGGAGAAAGCGAGGAAGCUAUCGAGAUUUUUAUUGACCAACUGGGAAGCUCGGAUUCUAGUGUGCAGAUUGCCGCCGGCGAGGGCAUUGCUUUAUUAUAUGAGAAGAGCUAUACGCCCCAGGAAGAUGAUGACGAUGAAGAUGAAGACGACGACGAUGAUGAAAACGAUUCAGAUGACGACGAAGAAGACGGCACAGAUGACUACGGCCCCAAGCUGAUCAAACGAUACACGGCGUACCAUGACACGCACCAACUAGAACAACUACUCUCGUCACUUGCCAACGUAUCCGGCAAACGAAUUAGCAAAAAGGACAAAAAGAGCCUACAUACCAACUUCGCAUCGAUCCUCACCACGAUUGAAAAUCCGCGCAGGGGGCCCAUGUUCAGUAAAGCGAUCAACCAAAACACGAACCGGCAGUAUGGCAGCAAGCGCCAAGUCAAGGUCGGCAGCGAAGGUGUCAUGAAUAUCGAUCGAUGGUGGAAAUGGCUACGUCUUGCAGCUUUGCGACGUAUUUUGCAAGGAGGUUUUAUGGAACAUUAUUUUCAGGGUAAUCGCGCGGUGCUGGAUGCAUUACCGGUUAUGCUGAGGGAAGCGAGUCGUCCAACAGUGAACCGGGGUGGAUAUAAGAAGGCCGCCAAGUUUAGGAACUCGAUGAGGAGGAUGGUUGUGGAGGAGGAUUGA